AUGGCACAAUUUGCACCUCCAGAUACCUCGUCCCUUGAACGUGUCGCUUACCUUGUUGGAUAUCCCAUAGCCCAUUCCAAAUCACCCUCACUGCAUCAUGCCGUUUAUUCGGCGGUUGGAAAAAAAUGGGGCCAAAUGCUCUGCGAAACGACCGACCUCGAAGGUUUCUUGACGUAUCUGAAGAGUGACCAAAAAUGCAUGGGAAGCGGUGUGACCAUGCCGUUCAAAGUGGCCGUCAUCCCCUAUCUCGAUGAACUUACAGACGAAGGGAAAGCGAUUGGAGCCGUGAACACGAUUGUUUUCAAGACGGAUCCAGACGGAUCAAGGAUAUAUACUGGCACAAACACCGACUGUCUGGGGAUCCGGGAUGCGUUCCUUACGAACGUAGAAGGCUCUCCCUACCGAGGGAGGCCCGGUCUCGUCGUUGGAGGUGGCGGCACCUGCAGAGCGGCCGUUUAUGCACUCCAGAGAUUCAUGGGUUGCUCGCCUGUAUACAUCAUCAACCGUGAUGCUACUGAAGUGGAGGCCGUCCUCCAGGAAUGUCGAGCUCGAGGGGCCGGAGAUAACCUGAUAUACGUGUCCACGACGGACCAAGCCACAACACUCCCCUCACCCGGAGCAAUAGUCAGCGCAGUCCCGGAUUUCACCCCUGUGUCAGAGACAGAGAAGACGGUCAGAGAGAUUCUCUCUAUAUUCUUGAGUGGAGACGAGAAGGGUGCUUUGUUGGAAAUGUGUUAUCAUCCCUCCCCUGACACUGAAAUAUCCAGGCUUGCUCAGCAAUCAGGCUGGCAGGUCAUCGGCGGUAUUGAAGCCAUGAUAGGACAAGGACUUGCACAAGCAAGUCUGUGGAGUGGCAUUCACAUCGACAGCAGGCUUCGUGAUGUGGCCCGAAAAGAGGUGCAGAGACAGAUGACAAACGCACACUGA